AGAACACCAACAUUGAAUGUCGACUCCUGAUUCGUGACCAAAAAUUCGAGAACUGUCGCGCAGAAGCAUUGCAGAAACCUCAUACUAAAUUUUAUUAUUAUUAUCACGGUUAGGAUAUAUAUCUAUAGCCGUGAUUUUUAUUUAAUAUACUUUUGUAGAUGUGCACUGUGCACACGGAUUAGGACAAUUUUAGUUUUCGUUAACCGUUUUUUCAUCAGUCAAACGCGCAACAGUAAUAAAAUAAAUAAUAAUAUAGAUACUGAUAUUAUCAACUCGUUCGCGUUAUCACUGUCGUUUUUAUUAUUGUUUUUCACUACGCCGUCGUUUGCCGUUCACGGUCGGCGAGUUAACACUACGAUAAUACGCCACUACGAUUUGCUUCACUUGCAGCUAUGCUUAUUCUUUACAUUUUGUUUCAAAAUCACUUGAUUGCCAGACUGAUCCUCCUUUCCCUACUGCUCAUACUCGUGGUUUGCAUCGACCUUUUCAUAACCCACCAAAGUCAAAACUUGGUCAAGUCGUUCGAAGAGAAAUUCAACAUCAAGUUUUGAACGCCGCACCGCCAUGGACUCGACAAAAACGACAACGACGUCUUCUUCCAAGGACGACGCUAAAGCGUUGUUCCGCAAGGGAGUCGACUACGAACUGGAAGGUUUCCACUAUGAGGCGAUGCGUUGCUACAAACAAGCGCUAAAGUUAGACCCAGACGUCGAGAAAAAAAUUGCAGAUGAAGAUUUUACUUCUCGCUCUUCUAUGAACCCAACUGAUGAUAAUAAUUUAAGCGACGAAUGCGAUGACGAAUAUGAUAACAAAGAAGACCUCUUCUUGAGAUUUCAGAGAAUAAUGGGCCCUCAAAUAUGCUUUCCAGAACAAACACAAUUAAAUACCCAUUUUUCAGCUCUUCCCCCUGAGCUUGUUCUAUACAUAUUUAGAUGGGUCGUAUCCUAUGAUCUCGAUCUACGUAUGUUAGAACAGUGUGCAGCUGUUUGUCGUGGUUGGUACUUGUGUGCCAGAGAUCCUGAGUUGUGGCGUCGAGCAUGUUCUAAAUUUUGGCCUUCAAAUGUCAAUGACUUAGUCCCAUAUAACGGAAGUUGGAGACAAAUGUUCAUAGAACGACCCAAUGUACUGACAAUUGGUUGUUACAUUUGUAAAAUAUCUUAUGUGCGAAGAGGUGAAGAAUCAUUCAGAGAUAACACUAAUGGACCUUCUUUUAAUGUUGUUUAUUACAGAUACUUAAGAUUUUUUUCUGAUGGUCGUGUCUUAAUGGUACUAUCUUACAAUCCUCCAUCUAAAAUAGUACGAAAAUUACAGACAAGAGAAAAAGCACCUUUCAAUGUGUGCCCUGGACAUUAUAGAUUGUCUGGUAAACAAUUAUUAUUGACUCUCGACAGUGAAGAUAAGGAACGCGAUCGAGAACUCAACAGAAAACUUGGUUGGGAGGACAAUACCCAAAGAAAGACUACUUACAACAUGGUUUUAGAAAUUUCAAAAUACAAAUCCAAACAUAACUGGAAAUUGCAAUGUACAGAAUAUGAAAUAGUUUAUCAAAGUAGAGUUAAUAGAGUAAUGGUUACCAAGUAUGAUUUAUCUAAUAAUCGUUUUCCACCAUUUAUAUUUUCACGCGUGAAAUGCUACUCUAAUGAAUCUGAACGUGUGUUAUAAAAAAGUGUGUUACUUAUUAAAGUAAAAUGUAAAGUAUAAUAAAAUUAGCUCGACAAAAUAUUUGAAACAGUUUAAAAGAUUUUUGUUUAUUAUUGUUGAAUAUAUUAUGUGUUAUUAUUUAUUAUUUAAAUUUAAAUUCUGUACUGAUCAUUGGCCUGUGAUUUCUCUAAAUGCUUUUAUUAUAUUAUAUUGAAUUUUACUUAUUACUACACUAAACUAUAUGUAAUUAAUUAUUUAUUUUAUGAUAUUUAAGUACUUAACAUGAAUUUAUUAAUUUGUUAUUAUAGUAUUCCAGACCUAAAUACAUCAUCCAAUACAUGUAAUUAUUUUUUUCUUAUUGAAAUUAAUUCAUUUUUUAUUUUUACCAUGUUCAAUGUGC